UAUUUCUAAAAUUGUUGAAGUUUUUUGAUUGCAAUAGUUAUUCAAAUACCAUUUGCCAUCAUUAAUUAUGUUCAGUGUUCAUUUAUCUAAAACUCCAUAAUAUUCACGUUUAAAUUAAUAAUUAGAAACUGAUUACGAUUUUUAUUUAAAUAGAUUCACUGUAUUGUAGUCACAGUUAUGGUACCCAAUAAGAAAACAAUUAAUGCAAUAAAUGUUGGUCUUUUAUUAAUAACAGUUUUUGUUUGGUCAUAUGUUGUUGCUACUGCUCAAUUAAUUUAUGAACGUACAUCAUCUUGUAACUAAUCAAUUACCAGAUCUUCAAUAAAUCAAAAAAGUUCAUUCCAUUUACUUUUUGUAAAUUAAACAUGGAUUCAGUAUCUGUCGAAGAACCGAUUAAUCAAAAAUCUACAUUUGAUUUAUCAUUUAAAACAAAAUUAAAAGAAAUUAAUAAUUUAUUAAUAAAUGUUGAAAAAAAUUCUAAUGAAACCAAACACUUCCAAGAAAUUUUACAAAAAAUUAAUGAGUUACAAGAAUUUGUGAAUGAUUCUAAAACAUUUUUACCAGCCUAUAAUAUGAAAAAAUGUGCAAAUGAAAUCAAAGACAUUACUAAGUGUUAUGAACAAAUGCAUGAAAAAGUUUUACCCAAGAAGAAAUUUACAUUUGGUAAACGACAAACCAAAUCAGUAGUUAAAGCAAAUAUUGAAGAAACAUUUGAACCAAUAAAUAAAUCAAAAGUGUAUAAAGAAGAUUAUGGGUUUAAAAAUCGUUCUAAUGAAACCCUAAAACUUACAGAAGAUCAGACUUAUUCAAAAGACAUAGCUCUAGAUGUAUUAAACAAUUGUAAUGUUUUUAUUUGUGGUACUCCUAGUACUGUUCGUGUGUCUUCAUUAUCAGCAUGUAAAGUAUUUGCAUGUGCAAGUACAUCAAUUUUUGUUGAAAACUGUAAGAACUCAAUUUUUGUAAGUGCAUCUCAACAAUUACGCAUCCAUGAUACUGUUGAAACUGACUUUUAUAUUUAUGUUACUAGUAGUGCUAUAAUAGAAAAUAGCAAGCAAUUGCGAUUUGCUCCUAUUACACUUAACAGUAGUCCUAUAGUAAAAAAAUCUUUUGAAAUGGCUAAUUUUGACGAAUCAACCAAUAAUUGGAAAAUUAUAAAUGAUUUUGAUUGGUUGUCUUCAUAUGAGUCAUCUCCUAAUUGGUGUGAAAUUCCAGAAAAAGAACGAAACCAGCCUUUAGAAGAAAAUAUAAUUGUAGAAAAUGUUACAAUUUAAUUUUAAUAAACUUUCAGAAGUACAUACCAUACUGUUCAA